CUACAGGGAACAUAGAGAAUGUCUAAGAAAAUUAUCAUCAUCACCACAUACCUCCAUAGUCUCCCUUUAUAUCGGCCACCAUCAAACACCAUCAUCCCCUUGUCGGCAUCUCCUUCUUCUCCUCUCUCUCUCUCUCCAUCAAGAAACAAGAAAUUGUCUCCAUCUUCAGGCGAUCCUCAGUUCUUUCUUUAGAGAAUGGAUCGCCAAGAACUCGUCACCCUUCAGAGAAACAGUAGCUGCAGCAGGAGUACAAAGAAGAUCAUCCCUUCAAACUACAUGAGAUCGACGCCUCCCAUAUCUGAACACGAAGACAUCUCCGAUAAGCUUCUCCUCAGCAGACACUCUCCAAUACAACGGCUGAACAAAAUCCAUUCAAGAUUCUCUUCUAUUCUCCGUUCUAUCUUCAAGAUUGUUGCUUUUCCCAAUAUAAUUAUCCCCACCUGUAAAUGGCUUUCUCUUCCUACUCAGCUCUCAAUCACUCCUUCUCUUGGCCGGAAAGUCACUGGUACCCUUUUCGGUCACCGGCGUGGACAUGUCAGCUUCGCAGUCCAGGACGAUCCCAGGUCGGAACCGGUGUUAUUACUAGAGCUAGCCAUGUCAACGUCCAUGUUGGUUAAAGAAAUGUCGUCCGGUCUGGUUCGGAUUGCACUGGAGUGCGACAAGGUUCAGGUUCCAGCGCAGGGGAGAGGCACCAGGUCAGGGAAGCUGUUUAACGAGCCAAUGUGGACUAUGUAUUGUAACGGGAGGAAGUGUGGAUUUGCAGCAUCGCGCACGUGCACAGACCUUGAUUGGCACGUGCUCAGCACCGUGCAGAGCGUUUCUGUUGGAGCUGGGGUUAUUCCAAUGGUGGAAGAUGGCCGGAAAGGCGGCGGGUCAGACGGGGAGUUGCUGUAUAUGAGAGCAAAAUUUGAGCGAGUUGUAGGAAGCCGUGACUCGGAGGCGUUUUACAUGAUGAACCCAGAUGGAAAUGGAGGGCCUGAACUCGGUAUAUUUCUUCUAAGAAUAUGAAAAUUAAUUAAAAAAACAAUAGAAGAAAAGAAAGGCUUGUUGGGAGAAGUUUGUUUAAUUACUUAGUUAAAUGUAUGAUGUAGUUUUUUUCUAAUAUUUGCUUAUAUUAUCGAUGGAAAAUUUUAAUUAUUGUGUAA